CCCGCAUCACGAGGCGCUGUGACGGAACAGCUGUCACGGGGCGUGAUGCGAAAUGCGCGUCGUGGAUAAAUAAAGGGGCGGGCACGAGGUUUUACGUGCUCAAGCGGCGGUAUUUCGUCAAAGAGGAGAACGUGCGGUUUGUCGUGUAUGUGCUGCCGGUGACGAAUAAAAGAAUACAUCACCGGCUGAACGUAGUUCUGGACAAUUCAGUGCCAGUAGGUCAACGGAUACGUGCGCGCACACGGGGCGGUCACGACGCACGAGAAACACGUUGUCAAAAGUGAGCUGGUCACGAAUAGCAUCACUUCUCGAGCAUUAAAAGAGGUUGUGUGCCAAGCCUCACGUUCACCGGGAAUCUGUCAAUCUUGGACGUUUCCACUCCAGCACGAUGGAGGGGGAGAAGAAACAGGUAACAUGCUACCUCCUGUUUUCUUUGUCGACGGCUGUAAUUGGCUCCCUGCAGUUUGGCUACAACACAGGAGUCAUCAAUGCACCAGAACAGAAACUUCGGGCCUUCUUCAACGCCACGUGGAUGGAGCGUUAUGGGGAGCCCAUCAGUCCAGGCGUCUGCACCAUUGUGUGGAGUUUUGCCGUGGCCAUCUUUAGCGUUGGAGGAAUGGCGGGGUCAUUCAGCGUCGGCGUCGUAGCCAACAAAUUUGGAAGACGCAAGUCCAUGAUCCUUGUCAAUGUCUUGGCUCUGAUUGGUGGUGGUCUGAUGGGACUUUGCACUCUCUGCUCCUCCUUCGAGAUGAUCAUUGCUGGUCGGCUGGUGAUUGGGCUCUUCUGUGGCCUCUUCACGGGCCUCACGCCAAUGUAUGUUGGGGAAGUGUCACCCACUCCCCUCCGCGGGGCCUUUGGUACCCUGCAUCAGCUUGGCGUUGUGGUGGGCAUCUUGAUUGCACAGAUCUUUGGUCUGGAGAGUCUGCUGGGUUCAGAUAAGCUCUGGCCUAUUCUUCUGGCCUUAACCAUCCUGCCUGCCAUCCUGCAGUGUUUUCUGCUGCCGUUCUGUCCAGAAAGCCCUCGCUACCUGCUCAUUAACCUCAAUGAGGAAGAACAGGCCCGCAAAGCCCUGGUGCGUCUGCGUGGUUAUGAAGAUGUGGGGAAGGACAUGCAGGAGAUGAAGGAAGAGAGUGCGAAGACGGCCAUGGAGAAGAAGGUGACCAUCCCAGAGCUCUUCCGCUCUGCUGCGUACCGCCAGCCUCUGCUCAUCGCCAUUAUGCUCCAGCUCUCCCAACAGCUCUCCGGCAUCAACGCUGUAUUUUAUUACUCCACUGGUAUUUUUGAGUCAGCCGGAGUGACUCAGCCCAUUUACGCCACUAUCGGAGCCGGAGUAGUCAAUACUGUUUUUACUGUUGUAUCUCUCUUCCUGGUGGAGAGGGCAGGACGAAGAACUUUGCACCUUAUUGGUUUGGGUGGGAUGGCAAUCAGUGCUUUGGCCAUGACAAUCGCUCUCUUAUUGAAAGACAUUGAGGCUCUUCGCUACCUCAGCAUUGCUGCAAUCUUUGCUUUUGUGGCCAUGUUCGAGAUGGGCCCUGGACCCAUUCCCUGGUUCAUAGUGGCUGAAUUAUUCUCUCAGGGGCCACGUCCUGCUGCUAUGGCUGUUGCGGGAUGCUCCAACUGGACAGCCAACUUCAUUGUGGGAAUCAGCUUUCCAAAGUUAGAGGAGCUGUGUGGACCAUAUGUCUUCAUUAUAUUCAUGAUCUUCCUCAUCAUCUUCUUCAUAUUUACGUACUUCAAAGUUCCGGAGACCAAAGGGCGAACUUUCGAUGAAAUCGCCCGUGGUUUUAGUGGCGCUCCACCUCCAGCCGCCGCCUCUGUGGAAGAGCCUGGCAGAGUCGCACUUCCAGCCUCUCCAGUCAAAGAGAAAGUCCCAUUGGUGGAAGCUUCCAAAUCAUCUGAGCAGGGGCCUAGUUCAGCUGAGCAGCCUGCGAAGGUGGAGGAGAAAUCCAGCUCAGUUACCCAGCCACUGGUAGAUUCUAGUAAAGAGGAGAAAUCCAAUUCCACCAUGUAAGGAAAUGGCGUAACUAUAUAGCUUAACGCGAUUAAAGCCAUGACAUGUACCACUGAAGAUAGGAAUAUAAUACUAGAGAUUAUUUACUGGAAAGAGAUUAUUUAUGAUAAACAGAUUAAGAAGGAAGCCGCAGUGGAAAGUCACAGAUCACCUAGAUGUAUUUUGAAAGCAGAGCUUGUGGUGGUGUGGGCUUUAUUUCAGUAUGUACCUUCAAAAAAAACGAUGGUUUGGUGCAAUAUUUAUUUAUGUUUUAGGAUUAUUUAUUCCUGAUUGUGCGUUUUUAGUGCAAUUUUUAAGCCCAAAAUACACUUCGUUUUUUUGUUAGCAAACACUUACAUUUGAACGCAAAGUAUACUCCUUUAAAAGCAGACACGUGCGCUAGAAAGUUUAAUCCAAUGCAAUGUUUUCAGAAUUUGGGAGCACUAGAAAUGUCUUUAUAGUCUUUUAAAACAAAAUUUAUAUGUUGUUUUUGCUGUCUUCAGUAGUUUGUUGUUGAUCGUGUCUCAGUUUCUUUUCAAAAGCUUGACGCCUUGUAGUGUAAAACCAGUUCUAAGCAUAUACGCUUACUAAAAUCAAGGAUGAUGCAUUAAAACUGAAAUAUACUUUGGGCUUUAAUGUGUUUUCUGAAAUAGGAUGUAAUUUCCUAUAUCAAAUCAACCUAAAAUAAAGGGAAUUUAUUUAUUUUUUACAUCUGGCCUUCAGAAUUUACAUACUAUUGUCAACUGUCAAACCUCAAUUUCUUGGUUUAGAGAAACCAAAGUGUUUUUCUCUCAACGAUAGUUGGUGAUCGUUCUAAUUUCAAGGUUUUUGCACUGACAAUGUUUAUUUUGUGCAAUAUAAUAUAUAAUAUGUAUAUGCAUUUUCAUCUCUCCAGAUUAUUUAUCCGAAACACUAUUUAAUUAGAAGAUAUUUAUAUGUACAGGAAGUGCUUAGCUAAUAAAGCUUAUGCCAAGAAUAAAAUCGCUAGUUUACUGCCAAAAAAAUAAUAGAUUUAACAAAAACUAUUCAGUCACACAUUCAUUCAAAAUUUACAGUUACGAUUCCAUUGUAGAGGAUGCUAAUCAGUGUUCAAUGAAUUGUUCUUCAAUCCACAUUUUAGAAAUCCAAGAUUUUUAGCAAACAAUGGGAUCAGGGAGGAAACUUUGCAAGAUUAUAACCAUUAAUCAUGUUAAAUUUCCUAGGUGUUUUUAGUAUACCAGCGUUAUGUAUGUGCUGCACAGAUUCACUUUGAGGUUUGACAGAGUAGUGAGAGACCUCUCACUUGAUUUAUUAAAUACAUCUAUAAUAGCUGUAGUUUUGCACUUUCAGACACUUUAUUUCAGUCCCUUUCAAAGAAAACAUACAGUAUUUAUUUAUUUUUUACUUAUUAGAGAAUCCUAAAUCGACCAUUUCGAUCAUGCAAAGUCCAUAGACGCUUUACGCUUAGGUGUUGCUAUUUUUGUCUAGAUAUUUAACGUGAAAGUAUUUAUUAAUAAGCACAUUUAUCGGCCUUGAGUAAUAUGAAGAAGCUUUUCCCCAUUUUAGUGUCUUGUAAUCAAAUAUAUGUUGUUGCACGGAGAGAAACUCCAAAAAAAGACCAAGAAAGACAACAUUCCUCGGCAGUCAUGCACUGUGGUUGUAUUCCAGCGGUCAAGAGCAGCUUCACGUUGAGCCAGCCCUCUUCUAACACAAGCAAACGACCAUCUUAUUAACUGUUGAUACCUUUCACAUACUGUACCUUUAUUGUGCAUAAUGUACACGACACAGUCUGUUGCUUACUGUACAAAGUCACUAUGUAAAUACCUACUGUAAGGUUGUGUUUCUGUGUUGAAUGGUGUAAUUGAUGUGAUUGCAGGUUAAAAAGAACGCAUCUGCUGGUGUUUUGACGGUUGUAUAUUUCAUGGUGGCUUUUCCUGAAUGUGUGUCCAAAUCAUGAGUGGUUCUGUGUACAGUUGUUGUAUGAUUUUUGUGAAUAAAUAGUAUAAAUUAUUA